AUGAGAAAUGGAAUGAAGAUAGAACAAGGGAUAAAUGAUGAAAAAUAACAGAUAGCAUAUGAUUCUGAUUGUCAAAUAAUAUUUGAAGUAUUUGCCUAAUUAGCUAGUUAUAAAGACACAACUAAAAAAGUGAUAAGGAAAAAUUGGCACAAGCAUUUGAAAAAGAGAGAAAAGAUCUUGUUGAAUUUGAAAUAGCAGAAAAGUAAUUCUUUUUUUUCAAAUUAAAACAAAAAUUACAAGUUUGAGAAUGAAUAAUUAGUUGAUAAAACUGAAUAUAAGUUGAUUGACUAAAAUGAAUUUGAUGAAAAAUUUUAACUUUUGAUUCAAAAAAUUAAUAUAGUCAAUAGAGAAUUGGAUAAAAAAUUUAUUGAUGUAUUGAAAGAAAUUUUAAUACAAUAUUCAUAAUUAGUGGUGAAUAAGGAAGAAAACUCUAAAUCUAUUACUGAAAAAAUUAUUCAAAAUAUAAAAAAUCCUGAGAAUUAAGAUAUAUUUUAAUAUUUAUUAAUAUGGUAAAGGUUAAGAAAAAUUACUAAAGAAACUCGAAUGGAGAAAAGUUAGAAGGAAAACGAAACGAAUACAAAAACAAAAAGUCUUAAAAAGUAAAGAGAAAACUUAAAAACUUUAUUGAUUAUCAUGAGAAAGAAUUAAUUGAAAAAAAUAGUAUGGAUCCAAUAGAAUAUAUAAUUACCAAACUAAUUUCAGCAUUUAACCAAAUUAUAAAAAAAUAAUUGA